AUGCCCGCCCCCGGAUCAAACGUCUACCUCAACCCCUUCGAAAGCCUCCGCCACCACCUCUCCGAAGACCUAGCAGCCCUCAGCAAAACCCUAGACACCCCAACCCGAAACAGGGACCUCAUAUCAAAGGACCUAUCCGACUGCGCAAAAGACCUAGAUACCCUGGUCGAGCGCGCCAAAAGCGCGCAGAAAAAUGACAGAGCCGACGUCCCAUCCUGCCUAAAGAAGCGCUGCGAGCUUCUGCAGGAAGUCAUGAUUGCGCUGAGCGACGCGCUGCGCGAGACGGAUAGGAUGGCUUCACGCGCUGUCUUGAUGAUGGGGCAUCUUGGUUCGCAGAUUGGUAGGCUUACGUUGCAUGCUCAUGAUAGUAGAGUUGAUAUAUUUGCGCGGCAUUGCGAUGACUUUUCUUUGGUGGAAAUGAAGUGGGUGAGGCCUAGUACGACGUGCGGCGAGGCUACUGAGAGGGCGUUUGACGUUCUUGGGGCGAAGUGGGCUUUGCUUGAUCUUGCUGUUGAUGGGUGUGAUUGUCUUCAGUGUGAGACUCGGAGACGGCGGGCUGGUGGUACUGCUAGUGUGAUCGACUAUACCAUUAUAGAGUGA